AUGCUUCAGAAAAAGUUCAUGUAUAUUGUACAAGACCUCACAAUCUUGCACAAUGAGGUUACCUGCAAGUAUGGCCGCCAGUGUAAUCAUAGCCAUAACAUUGUUUCCAUCUUUGAACCGUCGUCCGCCGCUGCUCGACGUAACUGGGAAGAAACAGUGAACGAUUCUGGCCAUGCAAUUCGUAGCGCGUGGACCAGGCGAACAAACCUGGUAGAUUCUCGGACAUCUGUGAUGGAUGUCAAGUUUGCUCCAAAACAACAAGGUCUCCAGUUAGCCACAUGUUCUGCUGAUGGUGUGGUCAGGAUCUAUGAAGCCCCUGAUGUUAUGAACCUGAAUCAGUGGUCCCUUCAGUAUGAGAUUAACUGUAAAGUCUCUUGUUCUUGCAUCUCUUGGAACCCUUCGCCUUCCAGACUUCAUGCUCCCCUCAUUGCUGUGGGUAGUGAUGAUCCUAACCCUUCCUCUGGGGGUAAGGUCUUCAUCUACGAGUUCUCCACCAACACACGCAAGUGGACGAGAGUAGAGACGCUGGUGACAGUGACAGAGCCUGUGCAUGACAUAGCCUUUGCCCCCAACCUUGGGCGGUCAUAUCAUCUGCUAGGGAUUGCCACCAAGGAUGUCAAAAUCAUUGCCCUCAAGCCUAACAGACAAGAUGCUCUGCAGAACCAGAGCAGUUUGUCCACUUUUGAGGUUCGUCAGGCAGGACAAUUUGACGACCACGGCAGCACUGUGUGGCGUGUUUGUUGGAAUAUGACAGGCACUAUUUUAGCCUCCUCUGGGGAUGAUGGAUGUGUUCGUCUUUGGAAAGCAAACUACCUGGACAUAUGGAAAUGCAUCUCAACUCUCCGUGGAGAAGGAGUUGUCAGCGUUCCGGAGGUGGCCUCUGUGGGUAACGCUUCACAGCAGAUAGGAGGCACAACCACAGGCCAGAACACAGCGCGCUACUUCAAGCUAACCCCUACUGCACAUUCGUCUCAUGUUCCUUGGCAUUAGAAGAAGAAUAAGUUUUUAUCCUCUUUUUUUCUGAAUCCACACUGCAAAAUGCCUGUUUCUAAUAAUGUUCCUGUAAAAAUAUUUUUUGUGGAUUGCAUGCAGUGUGGAAUAUUGUAUAGUAUGAGUAAUUUCUUUUCUUUUAUUCAUUCAAUUAUACCUGAACAAAUGAUUUUG